AUGGCUUCGACGAGCAGCACAAUUCGCUGGCGUCAUCUCCUCUCGCCAUUCGCUGGUCAACGUAGAAUGGAAGCUAUCACAAGGCAUCACAAACACACUUCACGCACUCAACUGCAACAAACAUCCAGUCGCAAAGACCUUCAAAUGUUCCCUAAAAGCCCCUUCACAUUCGCAUGCGAAGUCACACUGACAAUCCAACACCAAUCACGCCUACUGACAAACCAGCCAAGUGCCACUCCUCCUCCUCCUCCUCCUCCCCACUCUCUCUCUCCUGGUGCUGCUGCUCUCCACCCAGACUCGCACACUAUUCGCCUUUCAAAGACACACAUCGAAAAACUGACCAAUCAUACAGCUGCCACAGGUGCUACUGCUGCUGCUGCUGCUGCUGCUGGCCUGCUGCACUCUCUUUCCACUCCACUGGGAGUCCGUUAA